CGGCACCUUGUUCCACGAGAAGCGUCCCUUCACCCGCCUGGUUCUGGACACCGCCUACUGCUACUUCAUGCCACCGUUCAGCUUUCAGAUCCGAGUGGGAGGGCUUUACCUGCUGUACAGCCUGUAUCACUCUCAGGGCGGCGUUCCUCUAGAGCAGAUCCGUUUAGCGCUGAAGGACUGGGAGGAUGUGAAGAAGUUUGAGAAGGAUGCAGUGGACGCUCAGCACUUCGACGUUGUCUUCAUCCUGCACAAGCUGAUGUCCUCCAAAGCCAUCCUCUUCACCGCCAUGCCCAUCACGCUCGUAUUCACCAAGAAGAGGAAGGUGGAGACGUCGGCGCUGUGUGAGGACUUUGUGGAGCGGGCGGCUCGUCCUCAGGAGCUCGUCAACGCCGAUCUGCUGGAGGAACUUUCUAACAUUCACGAGCUGUAUGAGAACAUGAAGAGCGCCGUCACCCCCCAGGCAGAAUCCUCCAUGAACCUGAUCCGCAAAGACCUGGCUUCACAGCUGCGCAGCUCCGUCAUGGACUUCCAUAACUGGCAGCAGACCAAAAUGUGUAAGUCCAGGCGUCACCGUCAGGUGGAGGUGGAUGUCCCCGUCAGUGAGGCGGAGUCACAGCACGCGUCGGGCAGCUCCAGGAUUAUCAAACCGUCGCUUAGAUCCAGAACCACAGAGAACAUCCUCAUCUCAG